UAAGUACUCCCAUCUGCUGUCCAGCCCCUUCAAAAAUGGUCUAUUUAUAGCCACUUCUACUUUGCACUCUGAAUUAAGCCCCACACUACCCACCCAACUUCAUCCAGAUCUCUCUCUUUUUGCCCUGUAAUGAUGAUGAUGGCCAUGCCCAAGCUUAUCUGCAUUCUGCUUCUAGCUCUCCUUGGCAUUUCCAUGGCUGCUGAAACCCAGGUCAUGGCAAAAGAAGCCCAGUACCACCUGGAUAGUGGGAGAUAUGGGCCUGGAAGUCUUAAGAGUUCCCAAUGCCCAUCACAGUGCACCAGAAGAUGCAGCCAGACGCAGUACCACAAACCCUGCAUGUUCUUCUGCCAAAAGUGCUGUGCCAAGUGCCUCUGUGUGCCUCCUGGGUACUAUGGGAACAAGGCUGUUUGCCCUUGCUACAACAACUGGAAGACCAAGCGUGGAGGACCCAAAUGCCCUUGAAAGUUGAAAAUGCUUUCUUUCCUGGAAUCCAAACAGGGAUUUAGAUCUAAUUCAUUUUUAUUUAUUGUUGGUUCUAUGUAUGAUUAAUCUGGUCAUCAAUUUAAUGACCAGUUAAUGUUCUAGCUACCCAAAUGGGAAUUAAUUUCACUACUACUCUACUAGUGCUCCUCAGGGUUUUGUCCUCUGUUAUGAGAUCAGAGUAACCAAAUUCAGUCACUGUCAUAUGUAAUCAUCUUCAUUUCUUCUAUGAAUAAAACUUGUAUUAGUUUUUAAUAAUAAUGUAUAAUUCAUGG